AUGACCCGCCCAACGCUCAAACUGACCUACUUUGACUCGCCUGGCCGCGCCGAGCUGACACGCCUGGCGCUCUUCCUCCACGACAUCCCGUUCGAGGACGAGCGGGUCAGCUACGCUGAAUUUAUGGCGCGCAAGCCGACGCUGCCGUUCCAGCAACUCCCGACGCUCACUGUCGACGGAGAAGUCUUUGCGCAGUCGCACGGCAUGGCGCGGUAUAUUGGCCACCUUACCGGUCUCUACCCAACGUCCAACCCACUGGGUGCGUACCGCGUCGACGAGAUCCUCGCCGCCUCCGACGACAUUGUCAACACGCUCAUUCCGUCGCUCUUCGAGCGCGACAUGGACAAGAAGCUCGCGAUGCGCAAGGAGCUUGUGGCCGCGACGCUGCCGACCUUGUACGCGUGCGUGGAGGCGCGGCUCGUCGCCGCCAAUUCCCAGGGUCCGUUCCUCUUGGGCGAGACGCUCUCGCUGGCCGACAUUGAACUCUUCGUCAUGCGCAUGAGCAUGCGCUCGGGCCACAUGGACGGCAUUCCGACGACGAUCUGCGACAACUACCCGCGCUGGAACGCGAUCGCGGACGCCGUCGCGGCUCUUCCCAAGGUCCACGCGUGGUAUGCCAGCCGCCAGUAG